AUGUCUACGUCCCACGGCGAAGAUAGCCCCUUGUUGGGUGCAGAUACGGCCUCGAUACGUUCGUCUUCGAUCCUCAAGCCCCCGACGGAUGACGAAGACGGGCCUUCUUCGCCACCCGAGUUCGGAAAUCUCGAAGACGAUGUCUUACCCGAGGAGUCCGUUCUAGGCCGGAACAUCGACUGGAAAAGCGCUUAUAUCAUCGCUAUUUCAAGAGUUAUCGGAAGCGGCAUCUUUGCGGUUCCGGGAGUUAUUCUGUCCUCCGUCGGAAGUGUGGGUCUUUCGCUUUCGAUUUGGAUCCUUGGCGCCGUCGUCGUAGCAUGCGGUCUAACAGUAUCUCUUGAAUAUGGUUGCAUGCUGCCGCGGUCUGGUGGAGACAAGGUAUACCUCGAGUUCACAUAUCCGUGGCCACGCUUCUUUGCCUCGACCAUGGUCGCGGUUCAAGCUGUGCUUCUAGGUUUCACGGCAAGUAACUGCGUCAUCUUCAGCCAAUAUGUGCAUUUCGUAUUCGACGUCGAGGCUCGAGACUUUUCUAGGAAGGCCCUGGCGGUUGGACUCCUUACUGUCAUCACGAUUAUUCACGGUGUCUGGUACAGAGCUGGCAUACGCAUCCAAAACUUCCUAGGCUGGAUCAAGGUGGGACUUGUUGUAUUCAUGGUGCUAUCGGCUCUUUACGUCGUGGUAUUUAGGCCCGAACAGGAAGAUGCAAAUUUAAGGCCCAAGAAGAUACAAUCUUGGGAAGGACUAUGGGAGGGGAGUGACUGGAAUCUUGGGACCCUUGCGACUUCAUUAUUCAAGGUCUUCUAUUCUUAUGCUGGUCUAUCCAACCUGAAUAACGUUAUGAACGAAGUGAAAGAUCCUGUUAGAACCUUGAAGUCGGUUUCUCUGACAGCUUUGGUUACUGCGUGCCUCUUGUACUUGCUUGCCAACCUCGCUUAUUUCGCCGUGGUGCCCAUCGAGGAUAUCAAAGAGAGCGGUCAACUAGUUGCAGCAUUAUUCUUUGAACGUACAUUUGGCCCCAACAUCGGCAAGAGGUUUCUACCCCUAGCCGUUGCGCUCUCAGCGGCAGGAAAUGUGAUGGUAGUGACGUUUUCGACGGCGCGUCUGAAUCAGGAGGUUGCUCGUGCGGGCUUUUUGCCUUUUUCUAGAUAUCUUUCGUCUUCGAAGCCCUUUAACGCGCCAUUGGGUGGAUUAAUUGUACACUGGAUCCCUUCUGUUCUCGUCAUCAUACUACCGCCGUCGAGCGAAGUGUACUCGUUCAUAUUAGAAGUUGAGGGUUACCCGGGACAAGUAUUUGCACUUGCAACAUCAAUAGGACUUAUUUGGCUACGAUAUAAGCGACCGGAUUUGAAACGGCCGUUCAAAGCCUGGAUCCCGGCGGUCAUCUUUAGGAUCGUCCUAUGUUUUUCUUUACUAGCUGCCCCCUUUUUCCCUCCGUCGCAUCCGAAACCCGGCGGUCUAUUUUAUGCGACAUAUGCCAUUGUUGGCGUCGGCAUACUUGUGUUCGGAGUCCUAUACUGGCUUAUAUGGACAGUUAUAUUACCCCGACUCGGCGGGUAUAGGUUGGAAGAGAAGCAAGACGUGCUAGAUGAUGGGACGACUAUCACUACCCAGAACCGACCGUUCGAGUCUUACCCAGUCCACAUUACGGAUGUGUCAGGCCGGGAAGACGAGUUUACCCUCGACAAGAACGGUUUCCAGUUCCAUCGCCAUGUUGCGCAGGAGAAGGACUUCCUAGACGAUGACCAUAUCAAGGCGGUUUACUAUCCCGAGACCGAGCAGCUGCUGAAGGAUGUAACCGGCGCAUCCAAGAUCUUCAUCUUCGACCACACCAUCCGGCGCAACCCAGCCGACCAGCGCGGCACAGACGGCGGCCCUUCCCGCCGCGGCCCCGUAAACCGCGUCCACAUCGACCAGACGUACUCGGCGGCACUAUCCCGCGUGCCGCACCACCUCCCCGCCGAAGAAGCAUCCGAGCUCCUCAAAGGACGCGUGCAAAUCAUCAACGUCUGGCGGCCGAUCAAGACCGUCCUCCGGGACCCCCUAACCAUCGCGGAAGCCAAUUCGGUCGGAGAGGAGGAACUCGUGCCCAUCCCACUCAUCUACCCGAACCGCAAGGGCGAGACGUUCGCGGUUCGAUACGCCGAGGGCCACAAAUGGUACUACAAGUACGGCCUCACGCCCGAGGAGGUCCUGUUCAUCAAGUGCUUCGACUCGAAGACGGACGGACGUGCUCGCCGCGUCCCGCACACGGCUUUCGUGGACCCGACGAUUGGGCCUGAUGUACCCAAGCGCGAGAGCAUUGAGGUUCGCGCGCUGGUGUUCCAUCCUGAUGACAGGGAUUAA